UUGUUUUUUUCGUUACGAGAUGUAGAAGUUGAAUUUGAACCUGUAUGUUUAUGGAGUGUUAUAUCACAUGUUAAUACACCUUCCCAUUUUUUUUAAAUUUUUUUAUAACCAUUUAAGUGACAUACAAAGAACGAGGGAAUAUCUCCUCGAGGGAUUAAAACAGUUUCCCCAUGAUCACUGUGUUUCCUUGUGAGUUUGCGACAGAUGUUCUUUUUGGUGAAGCAGGGGAUGAAGCUCGCCUCCACUUUAUAACUCUGUUCCAAAAGUUUGUUAUUGUUAUACUGAUAUAUAGCUUACAAAAAUAAUCUGAUCUAUUCUGCCGUGAACACAUAAUAAUGUUCUUGUGAAAUUUAUGUAUCUAUAUAUGUACAUAUGCCAGCUAACAACACUCAGAAGAAUGCCCUGUGCUCUGUCCUGGAUGAAUUGCGCGUCCUGGGCUGUAUCUAAAUAUAGAUGUAGUUUAAGCAUCGAUCGAUCGAUUAAGCUGUCUGGUUGCUUAAUUAAGAAGAGCCUCGUGUGUCCUCCAAAUUUUUGGUUUUGUCGAGUCGAGGAUGAAAGCUUUUGUGUUGAUGACAUGAAUGGAUAGGAUAGAUGAAUGAAGGAAGGGAUGAGCUGCUUCUCGUGGAACCCCAGCCUGCGGUGCUGGCAUGGCAGCAAUGACGGCGGCAGCCCGUGCAGCCAGGCCGCGCAGGCGGCGUCGGCGGGGGCGGGCGGUGCGAAGAAGUUCACGCUGGCGCAGCUGUCGGCGGCCACGGACGGGUUCCACGAGUCCAACGUUGUCGGCGAGGGCGGGUUCGGCAGGGUGUACAGGGGGCGUCUCGAGGAAGGCGGCCAAGGGCUCGUGGCCGUGAAGCAGCUCUGCCACGGUGGCGCGCAGGGAACCCGCGAGUUCCUGGUGGAAUGCAUGAUGCUCAUGAUGCUGCACCACCCCAACCUCGUCUCCCUCGUCGGCUACUGCGCCGACGCCGGCGAGCGCCUCCUCGUCUACGAGUUCCUGCCACGCGGCAGCCUCGACGCGCACCUCUUCGGCAGGAGGCCGCAGGAGCCCCCGCUGGCGCUGGGGUGGGCGGCGCGCGUCAGGAUCGCGGUCGGCGCGGCCAGGGGGCUUCGCUACCUGCACGAGGUGGUGACGCCGCCGGUGAUCUACCGCGACCUCAAGGCGUCCAACAUCCUGCUCGACGACGACCUCAACCCCAGGCUGUCGGACUUUGGCCUCGCCAAGCUGGGCCCCGUCGGCGACGACACCCACGUGUCCACGCGCGUCAUGGGCACCUACGGCUACUGCGCGCCCGACUACGCCAUGAGCGGCAAGCUCAACGUCAAGUCCGACGUCUACAGCUUCGGCGUCGUGCUCCUCGAGCUCAUCACUGGACGCAGGGCCUUCGACGCCGCCUCCUCCGACUCGGAGUCGGAGGACCACCAGCGCUUCCUCCUCCUCCGGGACUGGGCGCGCCCCUACCUCGCCGGCGACCGCAAGAGGUGCUUCGCCCUGGCCGACCCGGCGUUGCAGGGCCGCUACCCCCGCCGCGCCUUCUACCAGCUCGCCGUCGUCGCCUCGCUCUGCCUCCGCGACAACCCCAACCUCCGCCCCUCCAUGACAGACGUCACCCGAGCCCUCGACCACGUCGCCUCCCAGUCCCAGCCAUGGGAAGACAAGCAAAGAGCCACCACCACCACGCCUCCUCCCAACUCCCAACCUUAAUUCCUCCAUCUGCUCAUUCUAGCUACUAGUUGCCUAGCUCUCUCUCUCUCUCUCUCUCUUGGUUGGAUUCCCAUGUUAUGUUCCCCCUUAAUUUGGAAGGCCAUGGGUGAUUUCACUGAUUGAUUUUCAUCAUUUUCUUAGUUGCUCUUCAUGUAUAUAUAUUAACCUUUAACAACUCGCUUGUACACAUUUUUAGGUACAAAAACAAAAACAUUAAUUUUCAAUUUAGAACUCCCUCCAAUGUUAACAAACUAUUAUACAUUGCUUUUUAGUACUCC